GGGGACGCGCGUGGGGGCGGCGCGGAGAGCCGGGGGGACCAACAUCGCCGCGCGAAGUCGGGGCUGCGGAGCGCGGCCGCAAACGGGAGCGGGAGGGGACGACGGCUCGGCUUGGACCCACUCUGCACCGAGCGGAGAAGUCAGAGAGAGUAAGCGGGGUAUGCCCUGGGAAAAAUAGGAAGGAAGGAAGGAAGGAAGGAAGGAAGGAAGGAAGGAAGGAAGGAAGGAAGGAAGGAAGGAAGGAAGGAAGGAAGGAAGGAAGGAAGGAAGGAAGGAAGGAAGGAAGGAAGGAAGGAAGGAAGGAAGGGAGGGAGGAAGGGAGGAAGGGAGGAAAGAAGGAAGGAAAAAGGGUGUCUUAGCAUCGAAAACCAGCGAUAUGUCCAACAUACACCAAAACCAUUCCCCUAUACAAGCAAACAUCUUUCCGUGAGCGGCUCACACCGCACUUGCAGACAACCCACGCUCGUGGCUCAGCACGGACGGGAGCGCGCCGUGCCACCGCCCUCAGCCCCUCCCCGUCGGGAGGGCACCCCGGGGGCUUCAGCACCUGCGGCGGGCGGGCCGGGCGCAGCCGCCGGGUUGGGCCCUCGCUGCUCGGCCGAGGGGUGCGGACACCGCGCGUCCCACUGCAGCUCUCGUCUUCUCGAGAUGCAGCUCGCCGCAUUCGCUCCGGGAAAGUGCGUCCUCGACGGCAGCCGGGAACUACGCAGGAGCUUUCUGGAGCUUCCUCGAGGGAGCAUUUCCCCGCGCAGGGACACAGCGGGACACGGGAGCACAGCGUUGCGCCGGUGCGGGGCGGGCAGCGGGUCGAGAGCGCGGCAGCGGCUGUGGCUGAGCUCCGGGACCGGGGUGGAGUCGGGGAGUGACCGCGAGGGACUGCGCCCGAUCCCGGUGCGUAUGCGCCCCGUGUCGGCAGAGGAAAAGCAGCUCAGGGCCACUUGCGAGACCGUCAGAGCCUCUCUGCCCCUCGGAAGGUGCCGCUCGCUGGUCCGGCCCCGCAUCGCUCUCCGAGCGGCGGGGAUGGGGAUGGCAAGCAUGCAGGUGCAGGAGCCGCGGUUCCCUCCCUAUCCUCUUAUCCCGCCCCUCCUCCCAGGGGAUUUAUUAGCAGGCUUCAGGCCGGCUAACCAAACGGCAGCUCCGGGUGCGAAUUCCCCGGAAGAAUGCUUUGAUCGUGCCCUCUCUUCGCGCCGUCGGGAACGGAUUACAUCGCCAAACGCGGGAGCUCCCGCCGCUUGUUUGGUCAGAGAUGUUACCCGUUAAUCUGAAACAAAUUGCCGCUGCCCCGGGGGCCCGCAGUGCUCGGGCAUGGCCGGGCUGCCCCGCCUGCUGUGGGAGAGCGCGCAGAUUUCCCGGGUGGUGGCAAUUGAGGGGAAAAAAAAUAACUAAAUAAUAAAAAUAAAUAAUAAAAAUAAGGAGAUCACUU